ACUAUAGGGCUUUGCACAGAGUACUAUGGUAUAAACAGGAAGUCCUUUGCCUUUCCCUAUUGGGGAAAUUUUUUAAAACAACAACAAUAAAAACAAAUAUUUUGUGUUUGUAACUUUUACUUGUAUUUUCGUAGAGAUUUGGAAAGAAAUUGUCAAUAAAGGAGGCCCCCAUGUCUUUCUACUGAUAUCUAUUAAGUAACAUCACAAAAAUUUAUAAUUAGUGUGGUUUUGAAGCUGUAUUUUGAAAAUAAUACUAAUAAUUCGUUAUAAAAUGGAUGAUAAUGGAAGUUGUAAAUUUGCGGCAUGUACAUUCUUUGCCAAAAACCACCCUGGUGAAACGUGUGGCAGUAAUGGAUUGCCUUUAACGCCUAGUUCUAUAACAAUACUUGGUAGAUCUCAGCGACUACUUACUAUUGAACAUGCCAACUUGUGUACUUAUCUCGAUAUUAUACGAGGAAAACAUGAAAGAAUCAUCGUGGUCGCAGAAGUAAUUGGAAAGUCUCUGUCUGAAUAUACAUCAAAGUUUACAUUUGAAGAAAUAAUAAAUAUAUCUUUGCAAGUCACUGAUGCAAUGAUGUUUCUCCACAAGAAGGACAUUACUCAUAGAACAUUGUCUGAUGAUAACAUACUACUCGAUAGUAAUAAUCGAGUGAAACUAUUUAACUACGGAAUGUAUUAUAUGACAGAUGGAGGAAAUGAAGUACCGUUUCCACUCGGCUUACCAAGAUAUCUUAGCCCUGAGACCAUAUUGAAUGGAGGGGGACCCGCAGCUGAUGUGUGGAGCUUUGGCAUCAUCUUACUAGAAUUAUGUAUUGGCAAAUUAUGGAAAAAUAUAAAACCAGGUCCUACACUAAGAAGAAUUCUAACUCUAGCGCAUGCCAAUAACCCUGCUGAAAGAAUAGCACGUGAACAUGACUGCAUUGAAGCCUAUAAGGAAAUACCAGAGACAAUAAGGAAUAUAAUAGAGAAAUGUCUUAAGAUAUAUCCCAGUGAACGAGCAACAUUUGAGGCAUUGCAUGAAGAUCUGUUAAAAAUUAACACUAUGACUUUAGAAGAUAUAAAGAAAUGUCGCGGUCUGAUGGGUUGUAAGUUACAACAUCUUUACUAUUGGUGGCAGUUAGCUGGUGGGGAUAUACAAGCAGAAUUGAAAAAGAACGGACUUAUUAAAAAUAGUCCACCUAUUUUAUCUAUGCCAAUAGCUAUUCUCCUAGAUGGCGGUACAAUAGGGGGUAAGACUGGCGCUCUGUUUGAUCGUCGAAUCGCUAAAUAUAGUUUAGAUCUAUUAAAAAAUCGCUUAAGUCACAUACCACCUCAAGACUUUUACCCUCUGAUGCAUGAGAGACGGAAAGAUUACGAUGCAAUUGCUCUACCAAAGAUUAUAAGGGAGCGAGAUACGGAAUACCAGUUUUACAGAUUGCUCUGGUUUCAGAGAUUAUUGCAUGGGUAUCCUUACACUACUCAGUAUAUAAGGGCAGAAGCAGAAAUAGACAUCCCUCCACUUGUUAGGGGGGAUGUAUGGGCCGCUUUAUUGGGCGUAGUCGGUAAUAUAGAGGAACAAUAUGAAGUCAUAGACAAGGAAACGCCGACACCAACAGACAGACAGAUUGACGUAGACAUACCAAGAUGCCACCAGUAUUGUUGGUUGCUCUGCGGAGCAGCUGGUCACAAAACCCUCAAAAGGUUACUGAAAGCUUGGUUGUUAACAAAUCCCCAGUAUGUGUACUGGCAGGGAUUGGAUUCAUUGACGGCCCCAUUCUUGUAUUUAAAUUUUUGUAAUGAAGCUCGAGCUUUUGCCUGUUUAUCCGCAUUCGUGCCGAGGUUUCUUCACAAAUUCUUCUUAAAAGACAACAGCGCUGUGAUAAAGGAAUACUUAGCGAAAUUCUGGCAAAUGACGGCUUUUCAUGAACCAGAGCUGGCGACUCAUUUACACGACAUCAACUUUGUGCCAGAACUAUUUGCUAUACCAUGGUUUUUAACUAUGUUUUCACAUGUGUUUCCACUCCAUAAAAUUGUCCACUUGUGGGAUGCGCUGUUGGUCGAAGGGCCUUCGUUGCCAUUGUUCAUGGGUGUCGGUAUUCUGAGGCAGCUGAGAGAAACGUUGCUGGACUCAGGGUUUAACGAGUGCAUUUUAUUGUUUUCUGAUCUACCCGAAAUUGAUAUCGGAGAGUGUGUUAAGGAAUCAAUAGAGAUGUUUCGCAGCUCACCGAAAAGCAUAAGCUUCAGGAGAUUUACGAAUGAACCAGAACUAAAGGAUCCUAUGGAUAUAGUCGAAGUUCCUCUGGAAGUGCUACUGUCAGAGACGUGUGCUCGUAUAAGUCUCGCAGAUUUCUUCUCGUUGACAUGCCAAGAUAAGUGUUGUGUCGUCGAUAUACGCUCUAAUUUACUAUACGAGAAGAGUUGCAUAGAUGGUAGUAUAAACAUACCCUACAGUGGGGUUCAUCUCGGUCAACACGAGCUCAAGGCGUUAGGUGUUCAACCACACAAGGUGUUGACGGAAGCGAUAAAACAGAAGAAAAUCAUUGUUAUCGCUUCUGCGGAGGAUGAGACUGCUCAACUGUUCAGCGACUACCUAGUGAAGUGUGGAGCACCGCGUGUCUGCGUGCUACACGGCGGCGUGUCAGCGCUUCACUCGCACGUACCUUCUCUCUUCAUCGUGCCCAAGAAAACUGUCCAUAAGUAAGCAAAUAACCCCCUAUCCUCUACUUAUCCCCUGGUAAGCUGAUAAAAAUUUAAGCGAAUGAAAGGACCAAAAGUGGGAGAUUCAUGAACAUAAAAUAAAAAGUAAGUUAUCACUCUGCAGCUCCCAAGGAUAAAUUCUCCAUUCUGUACCAUUCCUCAGGAAACUGCUUAUGAGUAAUCCAUUUAACUUCUAGCCUUUACUCAUCCCCUGGUAACUAAGGUAGAGUUAAGCGGAUAAAAAUACCAAAAAUGGAAGAUUUUAGAAAUGAAAUUAUAAAGUAAGAAACAAGGUAGGCCUUUCUUUUCUCCAGUCUUCAACCUACCCCAGAUAACUAAUUGCUCGGGAGAAUCUAUUCAUCUCCCAUUUUCUUCUUAUCUCCCGGUACUCAAAUCUUGAGGUGAAAGUUUGAGAAAACAUCGAAUUCACGAGAACAUUAAGAAGUAAAAUGGGUAGACAAAAAUGUCCCUUUGUCCAUCUUACCACCUAAUCUCCUAAUUCCUUUGUAUCUCCCGGUAAACAGAACUAGUUUUAAACGUUUGAUUUGAUAGAAAAUUAAGACAAGAUUUAAGAAGAUUUGAUCUUUUG